AAUUUAUUAUUUUUACGAGCAUAUAAUAUGCCUUCGAUUUUUUUUUGAUAAUGGAUUAUGAAUAAGGCUAACAGACAGUGUUCAAACUUCACAACACAAUCACAGAAAUAUCUACAACUUUUCCAGCUUUUCUACACCAAUGUCAUAUCUUAAACAAUUUCCAAUACGUCUGGAAUCAUGGUUGGAUGUUUGGGAUGUUGACUCAAUCGAGCAUAGUUAUUCUGAAUGGAAAUAUUUUGCUUAUAAUUUACCUAAUCCUGUAUGGAUGAAAAAAUUCUGUGUUAUUGUUGAAAAUGAACAAAGAUUUUAUAUUUUCAAUUCAAAACAUGAUUCUUCAUGUCUAUUGUCUUCAUCUCCUCAUACUGACAUAUCGACUAUUAACAAUGAUGAAGAUUAUUAUGCUUUGCAAACUACUGCAUAUAAUACCUUAACGAAUAAUAUUGAUAAUAAUCACAGUUAUUAUCCUUUCAACAAUAAUAGUUAUGCAGACAAUCAUGAAACCUUGUUCAAUUCUACUACUACUACUAUGUGCACACUUCUCAUGAUAACACAUUUAAUUUAUGUUUAUAGUCUUCGAAGAACUGCCAAACCGAAUUUAGAAAAUGAAUAUCAUUUGGAGAAUUCUUUAAAAUUAUCCAUUUUAGAAGCAAGAAAUAUUCCAGCCAAGCGUCGUUACUAUUGUGAUAUUUGUUUGGAUCGAACUUUAUAUGCACGUACUACCAGUAAGUUGGCUGUUUCCGGUAUAUUUUGGGCGGAAGAUUUUGAUUUAAAUAAUCUUCCAAAUGUCUCUGUUAUGACAAUCAGUUUAUAUCGAGAAGGUGGUGGUGGUGGUGGAUCAACCGGUAAAGAUUCACGACGGAUUGGCACACCAAGAUUAGGCUUGAAAAAACAUCGAAAAACUCAAAAUCAAUUAGUUGGUUAUAUCACAAUACCUGUCACUGAAAUAUCUAGUCGUACUGAUAUUCAAACAUGGUUAACAUUACAACCACCAAUGGAGAAUUCUGUUAGUCAAGAUAAUCUGAUGCAUAGUUUCGGUGCAAUGUAUGCUGAUUUUCAACGAUGUGAUAAAUUGAACUCGGUGAAAUUGAACAAAUUCAAUUCAUGCUCAUCAUCAGCAUCAUCAUCUACAACUAAUCUAUUGCAUAAUCAUUCUGUAAAUAACAACACAUUGACAGAUUAUACACAUUUUCCACAAUUACGUAUAUGUGCACGUUAUCAAUCACUUGGUGUAUUGCCAUUGUACAAUUAUUGGCCUUUAAGAACGCUUGUUUUAAAUAAUAGUUUACUGUUAACCAAUUGGUUAGAAUCGUUAUUAUUAUCAGUGAAAUUAAAAGAGGAAUUAUCAAAUUCUCUAGUUUAUUUACAUGAAAGUAAUAAUACAUUGAUUGAAUUUUUAACUGAUCUAGUUGUUCGAGAAGUAUCGAAUUUAGAAAAUGAAUCAAUGGCAUUUCGAUCAAAUACAAUGGCAACCAAAGCUGUAGAAUGUUAUGUGAAAUUUGUCGGUUCAUCUUAUCUUCAUCACCUACUUCAUUUAUUAAUACAACAUGUAUUAUCCUAUUUUACACCAUGGGAAAUUGAUCCAGAAAAAUUAACAUCUACCCAGUGUAUUGGUGGUGCACUCAGUGCAUCAGAUACAGCUGCUUAUGCUGUAUCACCUAGUGGUAUGUUACAAAACUAUCGAUCAGUCAGUACAGAUACAUUAAUUGGCAAUCAAUUAAUGCUGUUAAGAUAUUUUGAUAUUGUAUGGCGUGCGAUUCAAUCAAGUUUAAAUUAUUUUCCAAGUGUACUAAUUCGUUUAUUCAGUUCAUUUCGUGAAGCAUUGGAAACAAUACGUGGAUCAGAAUUUUGUGAUAAUUUAAUAUCGAGUUGUAUAUUUUUACGAUUAAUUUGUCCAGCUUUAUUGUCACCUUCAUUGUUUGGUUUAAUUAGUGCAUUUCCUAGUGAACCAGCAUGUCAACGUAAUUUAACAUUGUUAGCUAAAUCAUUACAAUCAUUGGCGAAUUUUAGUACAUUUGAUGAUAAAGAACCUUAUAUGAGAUUUUUAAAUGGUUAUGUAUCCUAUCAAUUGUCAUUUAUGCGAUUAUUCAUCCGAUCAAUAUCAUCGUCUUCAUUGAAUUCACCCAGUACUACUGAUCCAAUGCCUAAUGUCAUCAGUACUCAUUCUGUAGAAAUGAUGAACAAUCCCGCAUCAUCGUCAACACCAUCAUCACCGCCAAUAAGUGAUUCAGAACAGAGAAACAUAUCCACAACAACAGCAUCAGUGAACAGACAAAGUUAUGUUAAAGAUACCAUUGAUGAAAAUUGUGAAUUGGCUAAUCUUCAUCUUAUUUUAUCUGAUGUCAUAUUUUCUGAUACACCAAUGAUAUCUGUUCAUAGUAAUGAUGACACUUUAUUAUCAACGAGAACUGCUACUCUUACUACUACUAAUAAUAAUAAUACUACUACUAGUACUCUUAAUACUACUGUUACUGCUGAUACUACUAUUACAAACAAUGUAGUGUUUGGUAGUACUAGUAGUAAUAAUAAUAGUAAUAAUAAUAAUCUGACAACAGUUCAUUCUACAUGUGAUGAUAAACAUUGUUUGUCGAAUUCCACAACAACAUUACUUGAGAACAGUACAAAUAGUUUCUUAAAAACUCCAAAUUCAACUGUUUUAAUCAAUUUACCAAAUGAAUUAUGCCAACUUCCAAAAAUACUCGAUGAUAUUUCACGUCUAUUACAAACUAGUUCAUUAACAAAAUCUUUUGAUUUUAAUAAAACUAGACAUUCUGUAAAUAAUCACAAUAUUAAUCAUCCAAGGAGUCAGGAUGUCAAUGAUCUUUCAAAUUCCUCUUCAAUUAACAAAUAUCAACAAUCCAAUUUGAUUGUCUCUUCAUCAAACAAUGAUGUUGCUGAUCAUCAGACCAAUACACAAUCCACUACACCAUAUUAUUAUACAUUUCAUUCAAAUCCAGGUUUUUAUAAACCAUCACUCAUCGAUCAAUACAACAAAAAUAAUGAGACAAAUUCAUCACAGGGAUUAUUAUUAUUAUGUAUACCGCCGCCUUCAUUGAAACAAUCCAAUGCAUCAUUGAAUCAUGGUGAUGGCGAUGCUGAUAAUCAUGGCGGCAGCAUAAUGAAAUCAAAUCCUAAUGAUUACGAUGAACCAUACGUUAGUGAUGAUGAAAGUGAUUAUGAAAUCAAUCAUUUUGCGAUCAGUAAUCAUGAUUGUUUCAGCAAUGCUAAUCCGGAGAAAAAAGUCAAUAUUAUUGAUCAUGAACCUCAUGAUCACGAUGAGCAGGAGCUAACAUACAGUGAAAAUACAUUGAACACUUCUACGAAACAUCAAAAACAACCAAAUGAAUUAUUACAAAAAUCAAAUUCACACAAAUCAAUCUUGUUAACAAAUAACAACACACUGACAUCCACUAUCCAAGUUCCAUUCAAUGGAAUCGAGACCAGUUGUAGUACAAACUCUUUGCACAAUCAUUAUAAUCAUACUAGUAGUAUUUCACCAAGAUUAUUUCCUAAACAAGUGACCACAGCAAAUGUGAUAUUAUUAACUAAACCAACAAGUGUUAUGACAUCAUCGACAGAUUCAACAAAAAUAUCUAAAGUACAAAGACAAUUUCGAUCAAAUAGUAAUAGUCGUGAAAAUAUGUAUGAUAGAAGAAGAGCAGUGAAUGCUGCUGCUGAUGAUGCUGAUGAUGAUGGUGAAUUUCUCUUCGGUCCGCCGCCGCCAACAACAACAACGACCUUAUCAUUGAAUUAUCAGAAUCAAAAUUAUCCAAAUGAUAAUUAUCUGACAUUAUCAUCCACUGAAGAAUUAUUACCCAGUCAAUCUGAUGCUACUUCAUAUAAUAUACUACAAAUGGAAGAGGAUAAUUCUAGUUAUUCUUUAGCGAAUCAUACUACUAACAAUAACAAUAAUAGUAGUAAUACAAAACAACCGAAAGAAUUAUUCACUGAAGUAGCUCGUCUACGUUAUGAAUUAUUAUUAUCACGUCAAGAUGCACUACGUGCAGCGGAUCGAUUGAGUAAACAAGAAACAGAAAUCUAUCAACUUCGUCAAUUAUUAGAUCAGUUGAUCAAUAAAAAUAAAAUCAAUACUACUACCGCUACUACUGCUACUACUACUAGUAUUAGUAGUCAGUCUAGCCAUUUGAAGAAAACACCGAAAUGGUGGAAUAUUGAUUCGGAUUAUUGUGUAAACAAUGCACAACAGAAGAAGAAUACAAUGCAAUCAUAUGGUGAUAAUCAACCAGCCUAUUCAUCAUCGCGUAAACAAUCGACUGCGGCGGUUACUGCCAAUAUGACUACUACUACUACUACUACUAGUAGUAGUAGUAAUAAUAAUAAUAAUAGAAAUACUCAUAACAAUGAUGCAAAUGUUUUACAAACUGUAUCGGCUACAUUUAAAGAAUUAGAUGAUGCUAUGGCAAGAUUGGAAUUAGAACAAAGUGAACUACUACGUGAACAAGCACGAAUACGUGCACGUAUCGCUGCUACUCGUCCAAAACAGUCAAUAUCCCAAAGUAAACAAUUUAAUCCCAACCUUCCUUCAACUCGUUCAAACCAAUCAGUAAUUCCCGCCAAACAAUUCAACGCUUCAUCAUCAUCAAAAUUAUCUGUGAAUUUAAGAAAUCAUGCCUCCUUAUCUACAAAUCCUACUGAUCAAAUGAAAUUCCGAAAUUCUCCUCAUAUAAUUCACAAUGAUAAUAAUCAUAAUAAUCAUAAUCAUAAUCAUAAUGGUAAUCAUCAUCUAAAUCCUACUAAUCAUAACAAAUCGUCAACUCGAACAUCACCACAUAUGUAA